UGACCCGUAGAGGAAAUGGCAAGAGAACAUUUGAUUUUAUUCACACAGAACAAAUGUACCAGCAGCUUCGCUACGCAACUUUUCUAUAAAUACACCACUACGUGUCUUAUGGAAAAUCCUUUCUCUGUUUUUCAGCCCGUCAGUAAGAAAUCCGGUCCUUUCCCCAACGGAACGUCUGCAAAGAAAACCUCCGGUCUGAAGACUUCCAGCUCCCCUGCCGAAAGAAAAACAUCUUCACCGCACAAGCCUCGCAAGGACAGUCAAGAGAAUUCCGUGCCGAACAGACCGGUCCCUUCUCCCGGCCGGAGCGAGAAACCCUACCAGGCCACCAGCCAGAGACCCUCCCAAGGACAAUCGGCCACCAGCCAGAAACCCUCCCAAGGACAACCGGCCACCAGCCAGGGCCAGAAACCCUCCCAAGGACAACCGGUCACCAGCCAGAGCCAGAAACCCUCCCAAGGACAACCGGCCACCAGCCAGAAACCCUCCCAAGGACAACCGGCCACCAGCCAGAAACCCUCCCAAGGACAACCGGCCACCAGCCAGAAACCCUCCCAAGGACAAUCGGCCACCAGCCAGAAACCCUCCCAAGGACAACCGGCCACCGGCCAGGGCCAGAAACCCUCCCAGGGACAACCGGCCACUAGCCAGAAACCCUCCCAGGGACAACCGGCCACACCACGGGUCAAGAAAACAGUUUAGGGAACGUCCGAAAACAUUUUUCUGUUUUGCCAAAAACAUGGGGGACAGAGCCCAAGAAACCGUGUACUCGGGAGAUGGCGUCCAUUCUCCUCCGCAAAGUGUUAUCGAGUCCGACAGCCGACACCUGAACUGAAGAGAAAACGUGGAGGACUUUAUUAUAGGUCUCAGGAAAAAAAAUGGACCACACCUUGUGGAGAAAAUUCAGGACCAAACAAUCCGAAACUUUUAACGAAGGAGGCGAUAGCGGCGUGCCUAGGAAAUCACGGGGGUGCCUGACUUAUCGGAGGGGUUUCUAGUGAAAUGUAAAAUUAGGGGAAGUGCCUGAAUGGCUCCUGAAUUCUAUAUUCACUAGUCCACUCCAAUCUUAUUGUAUCCAAUUGUUUUAUUUUUCAGUUAGUGUAAAAGGAAAAUCGUGUUUAGUAAAUGCAGCCCCGAAAAAAGUCGGGUUCAAAGUUCAACCUGCACCAAUGAAAUCCUCCCUCUGGCCUUCCCUGGAACAUUCUUCCCAUCGUGGGACCCCCUUUGCAGACCGAUCUUUGAUUGGCUUGGUGGAAAUUCGUUUUUUGGGGGGGUUUAGUGUCCUGAUGACGUCACAUUGUUGUCAUGAGUUGUGCCGCACAAUGUUUUUUAAUUUCUGCUGCUGAAACGUUGUUCUGAUUACUAACCAUUUGUAGCAAACGCUUGACCUUCGACCUGCUGCUUGUUACAAUCAGUUGCCUGUUACAAUGUUACCAUUCCCAUUAAAGAUUUUCAACCUGUGA